AUGGAAACCCCAAGUUGGGCGUUCCUCUCUCUGGGGUUUACCCUGUUAACUGCUUACAUUGGCUGGCUGGUGUUAUCCAGAUUGUUUUGGAGCCCCCUUGCAAGAUUCCCGGGGCCGCGUCUCGCCGCCCUGACCAACUGGUAUGAGUUCUACUACGAUGUUAUCCUGCAGGGAAAAUUCACCGAGCACAUCCAGGAUCUGCACAAGCAGUAUGGACGUAUUGUUCGGAUAACCCCCUCCGAGCUGCAUGUGGACGACCCGGAAUUUUAUGAGCAGCUCUAUUCACGAAAUGGGAGGAGGGACAAAUACGCGUAUUUCUCUGGUCGUUUUGGAUAUGCGAGUGACUGUUUUUCGACGAUCCACCAUGAUCUUCAUCGUCUUCGGCGCAAGCCCCUGGGUCCUAUGUUUUCAACCCAAAAGAUAUCGGAAUUUCAGCCUGUUAUCCGAGCGAAGGUCGAUAAGCUCUGUCAGAAGUUGUCAGAAUAUAGCGAUGGCAAGGUCAUAACACUAAAUCGAGCGUGGAUGGCCUUGACCACAGACAUUAUCACCGAGUACGCAUUCGCAAAAUCCUAUGAUCAGCUAGAUUCUCCAGGUUUCAGGGAGACUCUUCACGAAGCAUUGGUCGCUAUUUAUGUCACUGGCCACUUCGCGCUUCACUUUCCAGUCGUAUUUCCAAUCUUGGAUGCUCUGCCAGAAUGGCUUGUUCUGAAAAUGCAACCGGACCUUGUCUCGGUCGUCGGGAUGCGCAAGGACCUGGCGCGUCGGGUAAACAACAUCCGGAACGGCGUAAAUGACUCCUAUAAGACAGUUAAGCACCGAACGAUUUUCCACGAAGUGUUGAAUAGCGACCUUCCGGACGACCAGAAGAGCGAUGCACGCUUGGGAGACGAGGCACAACUUAUUGUAGCAGCGGGGCUUAUCACAACGUCGUGGGCGUUGAGUGUGGCGAGUUUUCACAUCAUCACUGACUCGUCCGUGUCGAAAAGGCUCCGUGAUGAAGUGAAUCUAGCUCAGUCAAGAUCUGAAGGCCCGUUGGACUGGCGCACGCUCGAACAGCUUCCUUAUCUGAAUGGAUGUAUUCGCGAGGCUAUCAGACUCGCUCAUGGCAUAACAACUCGCAACCCCCGUCUUGUCCCAGACUCGGAACUGGUAUAUGGAGAAUGGGUGAUUCCACGAAACACGCCGGUGUCUAUGACAAAUGUCGAUACUUUGAUGAACCCAGAGAUCUUUCCCGACCCGGAGAAAUUUGUGCCUGAGCGCUGGAUCGAGGAUCCCACUUUGGAUCGGUAUUUUGUGGCUUUUGGCAAGGGUUCACGGCAGUGCAUGGGCAUAAACCUUGCCAUGGCCGAGCUCUAUACUGCAAUAGCAAUAGUGUUCAGCCGGUUCACAUUCGAGCUGCACGAGACUUCACACUCUGACAUUGUUAUGAAACACGCAUAUCUAGUUCCAUACCCGAGGUGGGAUUCGAAAGGGGUGAGGGCCAUCGUACAUUCGGUCAAUCAACCGUGA